AUGGCAGAGUAUCCCGCUCCUCCUCGAUCCUGUGAACUCCGUUGCCGGAGAGCUCACGACAAGGGCCACCCAUGCCUCAGCUCUGUGAAGCUACCCUGCCUGAAAGAGGACGAGCACGAAGAUGCGCCACCGCAGAAUACGAAUCCGGAGGAAACUUCGCAGAUGACAUUCAGCGCCAUGAGCUUUCAGAGAAGAAGCCUCACGGACUCCGUGGAGAAGUUCAUGGCAGGCCUGCUGAAUUGCUACAAAGACAAGGGGCUUGAUUUCACCCAGGCGGAUGGAACCGUCUGGCUGGGCAAAGAGAAACACCAGUGGAAGGACAUCGUCUCGCGCGUUCCGGCUUACUUCCUUCAAAUCCUGAAGGAUGUUCAGGGAUGGCGGUUCAGUUCACAGGUGCACAACCAACUCAUGCAGCUGCUGCCGAAGAGACGCGACAACUCCAAGACGAAAAUGCUGGAAUGGCUGCGAAACGUUGUGCGUGUGGCACCGACAACUGUGACGUUCAGAGCGCAAGGCCCUGCGCCCUUCAAUCGAAGGCGGGUCAUUCUCUUCGUCAAUGCCAUCUCCUCCGUGCAGAGGCUGUCUUCGGUGCUCUCGCUUCUUUUGGAGAGCCCCAGCGCAAGCAAGGUUCUCUCCCGGGUCAGGAUGUCCAACGCAGGCAACGCCGGUCCCCCACCCGGCCCGGCUGUGGACGUCCUUGAUCUCCACUCGAAGAUGCGACAGAAGGAUCGCCUCAAGCGCAUCGAGAGGUUUCGAAAGCUCAAGGAUGCCUUGCUGGUUUGCACGGACAUCGCGGCUAGAGGCCUGGACGUGCCGGACGUGUCUGCCGUCUUGCACUUCCAGGCGCCGCGCGGCUCGGAGGUGUUCGUCCACCGCAGUGGUCGGACUGCCCGUGCUGGACGGGCAGGAGAGACGAUUGCCUUCGUGUCACCCAACGACAUCCGUCACUGGGGCAAGGUCUACCAGGCUGUCGGAGUUACCAAGGAGCGCGUGGAAGCCGUGCCCAUGGUCCCUGAGGCCAUCAACGCGGCCAAAGAGGCUUCUCGCCUGGCAGCCGACUUGGAAAAGAAGGUGCACCAGACAUCCAAAGCCAACAACGAGAAGAGCUGGCUGCGGCGGGCAGCCGAAGAGGCGGACCUGGUGCUGGAGGAGGGCGAUGAGGACCUGGACCGCGGCCGGAAAGCU